GGGUUUCGGUGGAAACUAGACCAGUGAUCACAAACUGGCGUAUCUCUCUUCCAUGCCCAACAAGUUAAUAUAACAGGAUAGAAUAAGUAUAAUUUGUAUUAUAUGUAGAAUCUAUUGUUGUUAAUAUAAAUACGAAUUUACAAGUGCAAAUUAUAUUGAUAAAAUGACAGCGAAUUCCAAACAGAAUUUGAAACGAUCGAAAUGGGCACUGGACUUUGCUCAUAAAACAAAACAAGAUAAAAAUGUGGAGAUUCCUUCUCCACCAGGCUACACACCUACAGGUUCCUUUCUUCACAGUGUAGAAUAUAUGAGAGAAUCAGAUUCUAAUCAUCUGAUAAUAAAAAAGUCAUGGGAUCUGGCAUUAGGACCUCUUAAACAAGUUCCCAUGAACUUAUUUAUCAUGUACAUGGCUGGUAGUUCUAUAUCUAUCUUUCCAAUAAUAAUGGUCAGUAUGCUCAUCGUUAGGCCAGUCAAAGCAUUAUUCACGCUUCAGCAAACAUUCAAAGUGAUAGAAGGAACACAUGCUUUUGGACAAAAAUUUGUGUAUUUCUUAGGUCAGUUAGUGAAUAUUGCGCUAGCUUUGUUUAAAUGUCAGUCAAUGGGUUUGUUACCAACAUAUGCAUCUGAUUGGUUGGCUUUUGUUGAGCCUCAGACACGAGUGGAAUAUUCUGGUGGAGGUUUUAUGUACAUUUGAUGUUAAAAAAUCAUUUGUUGAUAUUGUAAAUCUAAUAAGUUGUAUUGUGCAUAUAAACUAUACUAUAAAUUAUUUAUAAAUUGUCACAUUUAAAUAGUGUUUAUUAAAAUAAAAAUAUGGAAAAAUGGU